GCGGUGGACGUGUUCCAGGAGGGUCUCGCCAUGGUGGUGCAGGACCCGCUGCUCUGCGACCUGCCCAUCCAGGUUACUUUGGAAGAGGUCAAUUCCCAAAUAGCCCUGGAAUAUGGCCAAGCAAUGACAGUCCGUGUGUGCAAGAUGGAUGGAGAAGUCAUGCCUGUGGUUGUGGUGCAGAACGCCACGGUCCUGGACCUGAAGAAGGCCAUCCAGCGAUACGUGCAGCUCCGGCAGGAGCGCGAGGGGGGCAUCCAGCACAUCAGCUGGUCCUAUGUGUGGAGGACGUACCAUCUAACCUCUGCGGGAGAGAAGCUCACAGACGACAGGAAAAAGCUCCGGGACUAUGGUAUCCGGAAUCGGGAUGAGGUGUCCUUCAUCAAAAAACUGAGGCAGAAAUGACCCUCCAAACAGGGACACUCUGUGCCGGUGGCCAAGCUCCUCCCCAGCGGGAGGACGCCUCGGGCACUGUCCCCUCUUCACAGGAGAGUGCUGAGAUGGACUCGCCCAGCUGGGCACAGCUGGCACUGCCGGUGUGAGCCCCGGCCUCGGGAGUGGGACUGGGUGAGCCAGUGUCAAGACCCAAGUUUGACCCCUUCUGGGCCCAAACACCCUAAUUUCACAGCCGAUCCCACAGGCUGUGGGCCUGGCCCUCUGUACGGAAUAAAUCUCUUUGCUUUCUAGUUUGAAAAGUCAAAAA